CAGCCGCCAUAUCUGAAUGCGCUUUAAACCUGUUUAAACAACAGACAUGUUUAUGUUCAGAAAUACCGUCCGGAAAACUAUAUAGUGCUUAGAUUACAACCGUACAGCAGAUAGUUUCUAAGAUGUCAUUGGUGGAUUUGGGAAAGCGUCUUUUAGAAGCAGCCCGGUAUGGUCAUGAUGAUGAAGUUAGGACGCUGAUGGCCAAUGGAGCUCCAUUCACUACUGACUGGCUUGGAACUUCUCCGUUACAUUUAGCAGCCCAGCAUGGUCAUUACUCCACAGCUGAAGUGCUCCUGAGGGCAGGUGUGAGCAGAGAUGCACGAACCAAAGUGGACAGGACCCCACUGCAUAUGGCAGCCACAGAGGGCCAUGAAAUGAUUGUGGAUUUAUUAAUCAAGAACGGUGCGGACAUCAAUGCCAAAGAUAUGUUGAAGAUGACCGCUCUCCACUGGGCCACCCAGCACAGUCAUCAGCAUGUUGCAGAACUGUUGAUCAAACACGGUGCUGAUGUACAUGCCCUCAGCAAGUUUGACAAGUCAGCCUUUGAUAUCGCUGUUGACAUACAAAAUGCUGAACUCAUAUUCCUAUUACAGGAGGGAAUGCAGAAUCAAGUAAAUAGGAAUGCAGAAGCGUCAGUCACAAAUGGAAGCUCCACCCCACAGUUCAUCAUCCAGGGCAUCCCCAAUUUUCAAGGAGGUGUUGUCAACCUCUCAGACUUGAUCAAAACCAGCUCAGAAGAGGCCAUUGCUGUCAGCGCCUUGGAUUCAAGUAUCCAGCAAGUAGUGAAUGAAUCAGGGCAGAGGGUCAUAACGAUAUUAACAGAUCAACAUGGAAACCUACAGACAAAUGGAUUCGGUCAGCCAUUCUUUGUCACGAUGCAGGAUGGACGACAAGUAUUGGCAGUUCAAGCCAAUCAAUUCACAGAGGAAGUGGUAGAUGACACCGAACCUCCUGCCCGUAAAAGGAAAAUUGAAGUCUCAUCCAAUCACACAGAAACUGGUGAUACAGAGCAUCUACAGUGGCAGGUACAAGAAGCUAACCGGAAAGCUCAAGCAUAUCGUCAACAGCUACUUCGCAAAGAGCAGGAAGCCGAGGGGUACCGAAUGAAACUGGAGGCCAUGUCCAAUGGACAGACCAACGGUACCACCGCUCUGGACCAGGAGCAAGUCGUGUUUGUGCAGGAGGAAGUGGGUAUAGAGGAAACGACAGCGGGAGAAGAGGAAGUUGUCGCCUUUUCGGAAGGUGGCAUAGUCGUCAAAAUGGAGGAGGUUGAUUCUGCAGAUGAGCAGAUAACUCUUGUGGAAGCCACAGCGGGACACACAGAAGUCAUUUCAUAAGAUGACCAGAGAGCGUGGACUCGAUGCUCAAGCAACCAAAGAGUGCAUCAGCAUGGUUUUGGUUUGGUAUAUUUUUGCAUUUAAGCCCUUUUGUAAUUUAUUUCCAUGUUUUGGUUAAUGUAUCAUUCUUAAGACCGCAGAAGCUAAUUCUUUCUCGACAGUGUUCUUAAAAGUUGUCAUCCGUAAUUUCCAAGACCUCUGGAAAAGACAGUCUCAGAAUGGACUCACUCUUUACAGGUGAUGUUACCUUUAAAAUCACCAUAGACUGGAACUGUAGCUGCCUUAUUCAGACAAACUGUUUCAUAACUUUGGAAUUUGAACAUGAACAAGAAGAAUUGUGUUUAACAUGAUCUCGGAAUCAGUUUUUUUUUUUUUGCCGUGUUACAUGCAAUGGAAAUAAAUGGUGCACCAAUUUCAAGAAAUUGAAAUGGCAUAAUCCGUCUUUAAAGUACACAGUCAAUGAAUUUGAAGUCUCUGUUUGACCAUUUACAUGUGAUCAUAGUCAUUUAAAAAGUGCCUUUGGUCUUUUCAUUGUUGGUCUUUAUGUUUAAGAGAUGCUACAUGUGGUAUAUAUUACUGCAAAUAGUAUUUGUUUCAUUAAUGGAUAUAUAGAUUAACUCACAUUCCAUUUUCUGCUUGUGUACAAUGUUUGCUAUUUGUUUUUGUUUCACUUAAGAUGGGAGAGUGGAGAAUAAAUGCAUAAUUAUUUUGAUGUCAAUAUCAGGGUAUUGUAUCAAUUAAGCUUGUAUUCAUUUCACUGUUGAUGGAAAGUCCAUUAAAGUCAAGGAAUGGUGUAUAAGAAUGUCAGCAUAAAUUGCCUCUAAUAUAGGAAGUGUUAUUUCCUAUUCAAACCAUCCAUAAUUGUAAAUGUUUAAAACAUUACACAUUGUAAAAGAGAACCACCGUGUUAUACUGGCAUUACAGUUGAAUGAAGUACACUGAUUCAGGUUGCAAACCCUGUUUAUUCCCCCCACCACCACUUGUAUUCUGUGCAUAUAAGUGAUGUAUGAAGCCUUUGACCUAUUUUUGAUUAAAAAAUGUUGUAAUUGUCAGUUGUUGGCUUCCGCUUGAAUGUUUUGGAUUACAAAGUGACCUCACACUAUCAGAUAGACCAUGGCUAGUUAUCCCACAUUUUAAACAUUGUCUUGGCAACAAUAAAGCUUUAAAAGUUAAUUACGUUCAAACACAGGAAUGUUCUCAAAAUGGAACCUCGUUUAAAACAAAUCUGACAGUUUGCCCCUACCUAACAUCUAUACUCAUUAUCUUCAUUAUAUAUUUGAUCCUAGUG